UCUUUGAAAUUAACUUUAUCAACAUCAACAACAACAAAUAAACAACAACAACAACAACAACGACGACGACGACAGCAAUUUUAGUGGUUGAAUAAGCAACGAAUUUUUUCUUUUUUUGAAAAUAAAUUAAUCAACGAAAGCCAUCGACACAAACAUACAACAACCAGCACCACAACAACAACAACAACAAAAAAAUGGCUAAUCCACGAAAAUUUAGUGAAAAAAUUGCCCUACACAAUCAAAAACAAGCGGAAGAGACGGCAGCAUUCGAGGAAAUAAUGAGAGAAGUAAUGGGCGCAACAAGAAAUAGGACAUCAUCAUAUAGUAAUCAUCAACAACAACCACUACAAACAGCAGCACCACCUCUACCACAACCAAUUCAAUCACAAAAUCAUCUACAUAUAGCGCCUUCAUCAUUUAAUCCGGCCAAUCGUGCUGGUUCAUUGCCGAAUGUCAAUCAUAUUGAACAACAACAACAACAACAACAAUCUACGGAUUCAACGGCCAAUAAUAAUAAUCUUAACAACAAUAGUAAUCAAAGCUCAAAAGGCACUAAUGUGACAACAACAACAGCAACAAAUACUACUACAGCGACCUGUAUUGAUUUACAAAGUGCCUUGAAUAAUCUACAAGAGAUUAAAAAUGAUAAUAAUAAUAAUUGUAGUAAUAAUGGCAGUACUAAUAUAACAAGACGAAAUACAAUCAAUAAUUCGUUAACAGGAACAACUGGAAUGAUAGCAAAUCGUACAACAAUUACCGGUGGUAAUAAUAAUAAUAAUAAUACUAAUAUUGGUAUUGGUCCUGGACAUCGUCAUCAUAGUAGCCAUAAUAUUUCAUCAAUGGCUUGUGGUAUAAUGACCAGUGGUAGUGUAUCACCAACACAAACAUCAUCAUCACCAGCAACAGGAUAUAAUGAUGUACAACAACAAACGAUGCGUUUUAUGCACGCACAUCGUAGAUCUCAAUCGCCUUAUUCAAUGAAUAAUAAUGCAUAUCUAAGUCCACCAGCAGCCGAUACACAAUGGCGUCGUACAAAUUCCGAUUCUGCAUUACAUCAAAGUAGUAAUAAUCAGCAUCAACAAGAAACAAAUAUGACAACAUCACCAAUCGAUGUAACCGGUGGUUUUAAUCAGAUAUUACAUCAUCAUAACCAACAACCACAUUCACCGACAAAUAAUUCAUCACCACAAGAUUCAUGCAAUAAUUCACCAGGACAAACCCCUGGUACUGCAAUUAGUAGUGGAUCAACAACAAUGAUUAUUGAUGGUACAACAAUGUUAUAUUCAAAUUCAAGUAGUGAUAAUCAACAAAUGAUGAAUUGGAAUAUUGUACGUGCAAUGAAUAAUAAUGAUAAUGGCAAUCAUCAUGGUAAUAAUGGUAAUGAUGAUAAAUUUUUACUUAGUGCAUCAUUACCAGAUGCACAUUUAAGGCCACGUUCAUGUGAAGUACCUGGUAUAAAUAUAUAUCCAAGUCAAGAAGAUGGUACUAUGAAUAAUAUUAAUAAUACAAACGAUACAAAUCAAAUACAUCAUAUUACGAUAUCAUCAAAUACCGGUUCAUUACCGGAUUUAACUAAUUUAAAUUUUCCUGUGCCAUUGAAUGUACCAAUUGAUGGUACAACUGAUGAACAACAACUACAACAACAACAACAACGUCAACAUCAACAAAAUCUUUUAAAACAUAUUGCAAAUAAUACUGUUAAUACAAAUUCACCAUAUAAUUCAAAUGGACCGGAUUCACCAUAUUCACCAACAUCAUCACAUAAUUCCAAUCUUUCACCACCACCACCAAUGAUACAACAACAAUCACAACAAAGAAAUCAAUCACCGAAUCGUCGACAACAAUCACCAGGACCAUCACCAUCACCGACGGCACAACGUCGUCGUGCACAUCAUAAUGCCAAUACAAUGGUUAUGGGUAAUCCAAGACAACAAGCUCAACAACAACAACAACAAGUAUGUUAUGAUCAUCAAUUUCCCGUACAAAGACAUCAUCCAAUUACUCAGCCAUUAGCAGAUUCCCAUACCCGUAGGAUUAAUAAAGACCCUACCCAACAACAACAACCACCACCACCACCACCACGACCGCCUAAAAUUAAACUCGAGGGCUUAAUGAUGGUUACAAACGAAUGUUGUGGUGAUGAUAACCAAUGUAUACCACCAUUAUCACCUUAUAAUAAUCAACAUUCAUCAAAUUCUUCUCAUCAUCAUCAUCAUCAUCAUCAUCAUCAUCAUCAUCAUCACCAGCAACAAUCGAAUAAUAAUAAUAAUUUAAAUUUAAUGAAUGGUCAUCCAACAUCACCUACAUCUUUCCAUCACCAACAAAUGAAUAAUAAUAAUAAUAAUAAUCAUUUUCAGUUCAGCAAUCAUGCGGCCAGUACUCCCAUUACAAUGACUUGUCCCAAUAUGGCAACAAUGGGAGCACAUCGUAGUACAACUCCAAGCGAUUCCUGUUCAGCACCAACAUCACCGGCAUCACAGAAUAUAUCACCAUCAAAUUCUCCGGAAUUAACUCUUAAUAAUGCUACUGGUGCUGCGAAUGGUUUAUCAAAUACAACGACUUCGACAAAUCAACAUUUCAAUCAAUCAUAUAGUUCACCAUCGUAUCAGAAUCAACAACAAGCGAAUUUAUUACAACAUCAAUUGGAACAAUUUCGUAUGACAAAUGAUGCUGAACCUGGUGGCUAUGUGAUGACUUGUACGGCCGAUAUGAUUACGCAACAACAACAACAACAACAACAACAACAGCAGCAGCAACAGCAGCAACAAGCCAAUAAUGGCCAAAAUUCCAAUGUAUUUUAUCUUGAUUCAAUCACAUUAAAUCAAUUUAAUGAUAAUACAUCGACAAUUGUAAUGGCAUCAUCAUCAUCAUCAUCACCACAUCAUCAAUCACAACAACAACAACAACAGCAAUUUAAUCAAACUUCAACACCAUUACACGAUCCACAUCAACAGCAAGGAUCACCAUUUGGUCAAAAUGAUGGUCUAUUUUUUGAUUCAAGCCAAACAUUAACAUUGAAUACAAUGUCAACAGAACCAUUUUUAAAAACUGAUGGAUUAUCAGCACUAUAUCAACAACAUCAAACACAAAAUAAUAAUGGCCAACAUCAACCAUUAUCAAAUUCAAGUCAUUGUACGACGCCACAAACACCAUCAAGUAUACCGGAUAUUAUAUUAACUGGUCCGAAUAAUCUGGAUGAAGCAUUACAAACAUCGAAUGAUUUAAUUAAAGAUCUCAAUAAUAUGAGUUCAUUCGAUACAGAUAUAUUUGGUUGUCAUAAUGAUGAUGUUAUACGUGGAACAGUUGGAUCAUUUGAUUCAUUCGAUUUGGAUAGUCUACAAAUGUUACAUGAUAUUGAAACGAAUCAUCAAUAAUGAAAAAAGGAAAAAAGAAAAAAACUUUUCAUUCUUGACUUGUUGUUAUUGUUAACCGGAUAUAAUAUUUCGUUCCAACAUCAACAACAACAUUUUUAUUUUCAAAAACUGGAAUUAUUUUGGCACAAAACCUAUAUAUAUACAACAGUUAGAUAGUUGAAAACAAGUCCAAAUCUUAAACAUUUAUAUAUAUAUAAAAAAAAACCUCAUGUGUUCUUGUAUGUUGUGAGUGUGUGUGUGUGUGUGUGUUUGUACCAAAGUUUCAUUCUUUACCUGAAUUAUUUAUUAUUUCAAUUUUU